AAAAAUGUCGUUCUACAAUCAAGACAGCAGCAGUAGCGACGACGAUAUUCAGAUUUGCUGGCAGGCCAGCCAGUCCAACUUAUUACAUCAGCUCGCUGGUACUCAAAUGACUAGGCUACCCCCACCACCACCACCACCGAUAUCGCCUCCUAAAUCUUCACCUGCACCCUUGUCACGCAAGUCGAGGAGUUUCACCCGCGAUAGAUCGCAGCAGUUCAGGCGUACGCGGAGUUCGCGCUCACAUGUGGCUAUACCCCAGCCAGCUCCUAUCGACGACGUGGGUACAGACAGGGACGAUUCAGAGUGCGAGAGUUCCAAACCUAAGAGACAAAAGAUAUCAAAACAGAGCACAGAGUUAGAUAUCUUGAUAGAGAAAGUAUCAGCGAGGCUGAAACGUGAGAGGAGUUCAAAUUCAUCAGUACAGGAGUGUCAGUCGAGUUACACAACAGAUUCUAUACCACCACAGCCACAGAAUAGCACAAACACGCUGUCUUCCCUAUCGUCACAGUCGACGAGGAUACCCAGACAGAUAGCUACCCGCACUAUCCCUUCGCAGACAGCCAACCAGCAUUUCAAAGCACCCGAGAGAGUCCAUCAGAAUAGCAACUUCCCACCGCAAGCACAGGUCAGGGCAGAGGGCAAGGCAAGUUGCAUACCUGCGAAACGCGAACGAUCACCUGAAAUGGCACUCCCGAAAGUGAAACAUGAAUACUCACCCGACACUAUCGAGGCGAAACCAACAAUUCUUGAAGACGAUGAUAGGCAGGAUAUCAAGCCAAAGCAGGAAGACAAGAUACCGUCAUCAGACGGCGCAGACUACAGCUGUGGGGAAGAUUUCGAUGUGGACAUCCUUGAACAAGUUUGUGCACAAUUCGACUAACGCUAUUUAUUAUAACUAUAUCUAUAAGUUUCUAUAUCUAUACACAUUGCUAAUAUUUUGGCAAAUCUAUAACGCCACCUUUGUUGCACCAGUUUGAUAGCUCGGGCGUGACUUUUAUUUGACAUCCGAGGCGAGAUCUAAGUUCAUCAUAGCCAAUGGCAUACUGAAGCAUGUCAUCCUCCUCGUCUUUAAUUUCUGGGAGGAAAGAUGCAGCUUCGGCGCUAUCUUGCUCUGGGAAGUACAUAUGACAGGUCGCGCAUUCGAGCUUUCCAUCACAGACACCCUCGACGUUACCUAGACUUUCCCUGCGUCCGACAUUCAUUAGGGUUUCGCCAAGGAGAGCGUCUACGACGUGCGUUUCACCCUCCGCAUCCCUAAAACGAAGUUUAACAAUAUCACUCUCUUCAGCAUGUAUUGCUUCUUUCACUUCUGCACCGCCGUUAUCCAAAUCUAGACUACGUGCUUCUGCCGCUUUUACAGCCUUUGCGGGGUCAUAACCCAGUCUUCCACGCCAAUGAGGCCAAUGUAUCGCACCGUUUACGACGUUGGUGAGGAACUUGUCGCUAUCCCAUGGACGUAAAUUACCAUACCAGUCACCACUUGGGAAAACAAGUGCGUUAGCUGCCCAU